AGCAGGGCGGCGCGGACAGCGUACCGAGGCCCUGAUGGAUUGCGCGAUCAUGGUGUUGGUGUCGAGGCGGUGGCAGCGGCAAUGGGAGCGUCGGGGUGACGCUGCGGCAUGCUGGAGAAAACGAAGGUUGAGCCGCGUCCCGAAGCGGCCUAGCGCUAUAGGGCUUGGCGGCCAUCGUCUGGCUCACGACUUGACUCACAGUCUUCCCUUCGCCAGGCAAGCCUCUCUCUGCUUCACCACGCUUGCGCCCACCGCGCACCAAGUCCAUAGACGUACUAACCGCUGCACCGCGUCCACGGCGACACGCUCACUGACCCCUGCACUCCCCACACUCACUUAACGCCGCACACAUGUCCUACGCUCCAGAUGGCCGCCUGCUGUCCCCGGGCGAGGUGUACGAAGAAGCGCCUGCGCAGCAGCAGGACGACGAGUACCGCGAUGACCUGAAUGUUAUCUUGAUCUGCCCCGACUGCCGGGAGAACCCGCCGAACAUUGUGGAAGAGUUCAGCGCUGGCGACACCCUGUGCGGCUCCUGCGGCCGUGUCUUGUCGGAGAGAGGCAUCGACACGCGCUCCGAGUGGCGAACCUUCUCCAACGACGACCAGGGCAACGAUGACCCCUCUCGUAUCGGUGAUGCUGCAAAUCCCUUGCUCCACGGUUCCCAGCUGCAGACUGAGAUCGGCUUUGGCGAUGGCGGCCUGCGGGUCCGCGAGCUGUCGCGCGCCCAUAAUCGCUCAAAUCAUGACAAGCAGAACAAGUCUCUGCAGGCCGCCUAUGGCCAGAUCAGCACCCUAUGUGAUUCGUCCAACAUCACCAGAGUCACCGCUGAGACGGCGAAGCUGCUUUUCCGUAUGACGGAUGAUGCCAAGCUCUUCAAGGGCAAGUCUCAGGACGCCAUCAUCGCCGGCUGCAUUUUCAUCGCCUGCCGCCAGCACAACCAACAGCGUAGCUUCCGUGAGAUCUUCAAGAUGACAAACGUGUCCAAGAAGGAGGUGGGUCGUACUUUCAAGACGCUCGAAGGUUUUCUCCAGAAGAAGCAGAAGGAGAGUGGUCCUCAGGUCGCCGGAAACGGAGCUGUCCUGGACACAAACUCCUUCUCUACCGGCGGGAGCACCAGCGCCGCCAACCUCAUGCCGCGUGCCUGCGCCAAACUCGGCCUGGGCUCUAUACAACUUAUCGCAGAGGAGUGCGCGCAGAUUGUUACCGAGCAGGGCGUUGCGGCUGGUAGGUCGCCCCUCUCCAUCGCCGGCGCCGUCAUCUACCUGGUGUCUCACCUCAUGGGCAAGCCCAAGUCGCCAAAGGAGAUUGGGCUCGCUGUCGAAGUAAGCGACGGCACCAUCCGCACGGCCUUCAAGCAGAUGCACGCCGUACAAAACUCGAUCAUCCAGGACAGGUGGAUCGAGAAGGGCGGCGACCGAUCGAAGAUCCCCCCAGCUUAAAUGCUUGGAGAGGGAUCCUCGCACACGGAACGACUGGGACUUGUACAAAAUAUGGAGUAUGCAGGGAUAAAACUUGGGGCAUGCAAAAGGUCUCACGGGGAUAUGAGGCCGGACCAAAAAGAGUCGGAGUGUAGCGUCUGGUUGGGUUUGGCUUUUUCUUCUCUCUUCUGAUACCCGUCCAAAUUGAAAAGACAUGGUUGCGACAAAGGCAUGGAUUAUGGAGUUUUUUGCGCGUUGUUUCCUCAUCUCAUUUUUAUUACUUACUAUUAUUUUCUGCUGAUGGGUGGAUGGAUCGUCGUGCUGGCGUACUGGAAGGUAGGUUAUUCGUCCAGUUCUAGUAUUACAGCCUAAAUACAAAAAUAAUGCGCGGA